GGGUGAGGGCACGGAGCCUGUAAAACACGUUCAGCAAAGCUUUCAAUCCAGUCUGCGUCUCUGCCUGCAGCCUGGAGCAACUCAGUUCUCUCUGUGCCACACUUGUCGUGCAGCAGGAGCUUUUUUUAGUUUGUUUUUAUAUGAGCAGAGGAGAGGAAGGCUCACCUGCGUGUCCGGGGAUGGAUGCUGCGGAGGGCACCGAGAGAAGCGACGCUCUGAGCCGGCUGGAGAGGAGCAGCCACGCGGCGUUCAUAGACGACAACACUCUGUAUGUGUGGGGGGGAUACAAGGUUGUUGCAGGCGAAGACGUCAUACUGCCAAGCCAUGAGAUAUGGCUCUGUGAUUUAAACAGCGGCUCAUGGGAGCUGAGGGAGAUCACCGGAGACAAACCUCCAGACUUAUCAGGCUUCUGUGGCUCUUACGUUAACGGCAAACUCUACAUUUUUGCAGGAUGUGACUCUGACGGAUACACAAACCAGAUGUACAGCCUUGACCUCACAGAGCAGAACUACACAUGGAGGAAACUGGCUGAUACCUCAGGAACGACGCCCUCACCCAGAAACAAACACUCCUGCUGGGUACACAGAGACAGAUUAAUCUACUUUGGGGGAUAUGGAUGUAAAACUAUCGGAGAGGUUCAAAACGCAUCAUCAGCAAACUUCAUUGUGGAAGAAAUGUCCUGGGUGACAAUUGGAAACACAUUAUUCAGGUGCUGGGGCUGGAACAAUGAAGUCAAUGUUUUUGACACGCAUACUGAAACGUGGAGCAUGCCAGAGACUACGGGUUCUGUUCCUGUCCCGAGAGGCUGCCAUGCCAGUGCCUUACUGGGCAACAAAGGUUACAUUUCUGGUGGUAUGGAGAAGGCAGAGUUGGAUCUUUACUGCUUGGACCUGGAGACCUGGACCUGGACUCAAUUUGACAUCCCCCCGUCCUGCUCACCUAUGGGUCGCCUGAUGCACACCAUGACAGCCGUUUCAGAUCACACACUCUUUGUAUAUGGAGGUCUCAGCAUAAAUGGAAACACAUUAAAUGACGCCUGGCAGUUUAACACGCAGAAGAGAGAAUGGACCAAGAUGGCACACCCACACGAGGACAAACCCAGGGUGUGCCACACAGCGUGCCUGGGCAAUGAUAACGAUGUGGUUGUGUUUGGAGGAAGCAGCAACAUGUGCAUCCUUGUUGACUCUGUUGCCGUCCUGAGGUCUCCUUCACAAAACCACUGCAGAGACAUGAUCAUCUUUCAAACUCAGCCAUACUCUCUCUUCAGAUUGUGUGAAGACUUCAUGGCCAGAAACCCGGAGCUGUUUGUGAAGCAGCUGAACUGGCUGCCGCCAAAGCUGCGCAGCAAAAUCGAGAAGCGAGUGGCCUUUUUCUCUGCAACCAUUCCUGUUCUUACAGCCUGAAGACGACUCUCAAUUUUCAGAUUCUGAGCCGGUCGAAUGUUACAGAAAUGUUUUCGUUGUUUGUGUUGGGACUCUCUACUUUGUGUGUAAAUGUUUAAGAAGAAAUGGUGCUACUGUUUAAAUGUUUUAAUUUAAAUGAUUUGUAAAUAAAGUUUUUUGCCUUAUUUUAAUAGUUUAAAUUAGGGAACAUUUUACUCUUAUUGUAAUUUGAUAAUGUGCAAUCUGUUUUUGAAUAAAGGUAUUGAUAUGUUGUAAA